CACCGCCGGCUGCGUCGCCGUCCCUCGUCCCACGGGAGGUUCGCUCGCCAUGGCGCCGAAGGAUCCGGACGUGCUCUUGUGCAUAAACAAUCGGCAGUUCAUCCUCGAGGCGCUGAAGGAGGAGGACAUCCGGAUCGACCUUCGAGGGCCUUUCGACGCGAGGGAGGUGGCGUAUCGAUUCGGCCCGAAGGACGGCGUGUGCGAGGUCUCGCUGGGAAAGACGCGCGUGCUCGCGGUGACGUCCGCGAAGCUCGAGCCUCCCGGCGGCGGGCGCUCGAACGAGGGCUCGGUCACGAUCAACGUCGAGUUCUCGCCGAUGGCGAGCCCGAACUUCGAGCCCGGGCGCCCGGGCGAGGAAGCGAGCGAGCUCGCGGUCGUCCUGGAGCGCGCGAUCCGCGAGACGGGCGCGGUGGACGUCGAGUCUCUGUGCGUCCUCGCCGGGCGACGCGUGUGGAACAUUCGCGUGGACGUGCACGUCCUCGACGCGUGCGGGAACAUCGCGGGCGCGGCGUCGCUCGCGGCGAACGCGUCGCUGCUGUCGUUUCGACGCCCGGAAGCGACGGUGGACCCCUCCACGCAGCUCGUCACGGUGCAUCCCGCGGACGCGCGAGAGCCGAUCCCGCUCGCGCUGCAUCACCUCCCGAUCGCGGUGAAAUUCGGGUUCUUCGCCGAGCACGAAGGUUUAUUAAUCGUGGAUCCGCUCGUGGACGAGGAGGCGGUCAUGGCGUCGUCCCUCAUCGUCGUCUUAAACGCGCACGGGGAGCUGUGCGCGGUGCAAAAAGGCGGCGGCGUCGGCGUGCCCGCGAACGAGAUCAUGCGUUGCGUGCGGAUCGCGGAUAAGAUGACGAAAGAGCUCACGACGCAGCUCCGGGAGGAGCACAAGAAGUGGGAGGGCGAGAGAGAUAAAAGACGCGUCAGGAGACAU